GCCCUGUCAGUUCCGCGCCGGGGUGACGGCUCCAAGCGCCCGCCACCCAGGAAACCAGCCGGCCUUGUGCUCGAAGUCUCACGUCUCUGCCCCCCGAGUUACAGCCAUGUCCCCGGGCAUCCGGCCCACGCCGGCAGCGGGCUGCCACCGUCCCGGGCGCUGGGGCUCCAUCGGACCAAGUAGUUGCUACUCCUAAAAGUUUGCGCGGUGGCUUUGCCGUCCGCGAGGGCCGAACGCCAGGCGCUAGGAGCUGCGGGGCCCCCAGGGACGACCGGAGGCUUUGCCAACCCCGGGCAUGGGGUGCCAGGGGACCCUCCAACACGUCACUGCCGCGUCGCGUCUCGGCGCCCAUCCUGCCGAGCCUUCCCCGCCCUCCCGAAGCACUUUCAAGUCCCCCCAGGACGCGCUCCGCCACCUUCCAGGGCUCGUCUCGGUCCAACUGCCCGGGACUCGGCCUCGUCGGAGGCCAAGUUCAGGUCCGCCACGAUCCCAGGAUUCCCAAGUCCGGGUUUCCUGCCCUUCUUCCCCCCCAGCUCCCCGCGCCCGCCCGAGCCGCAAGAUGGCGGAGCGCGAAGGCUUGUGCGAAGCGUCGGGCGCCGCGGCGUCGCCUCAUGCCCACGCCCUGGGCCUGGGCCUGGGCCUGGGCCCGCCGCUCGGCUGGAGAGAGCGGCUGCGGGCCGGCCUGGCGAGCUCGGGCAACUCCCUGUGGUUCCUGGCCGGCCUGGGGCUGCUGUACGCCCUGAGGGUCCCGCUGAGGCUUUGUGACAACCUGACAGCGGUGACAGGGUUUUUAAAUUCCUUGACACCCAAGUUCUAUGUGGCACUUACAGGGACAUCUUCUUUGAUAUCUGGACUAAUAUUUAUAUUUGAAUGGUGGUACUUCCAUAAGCAUGGCACGUCUUUUAUUGAGCAAGUCUCUAUAAGCCACUUGCGGCCACUGAUGGGAGGAGCAGAAAGCACUGUUUCAGAGCCAGGCCAUCACUCCAGCCAAGGAGAAAAUGAAACUGUCAGACAUCAUGUGUCAGAAUGCAAGGUCUGGAGAAACCCUCUAAAUCUUUUCCGAGGAGCAGAAUAUAGGAGAUACACUUGGGUGACUGGUAAAGAACCACUCACAUACUAUGACAUGAACUUGUCAGCCCAGGAUCAUCAGACCUUUUUCACCUGUGACACAGACUUUUUACGUCCAUCAGACACAGUUAUGCAGAAGGCAUGGAGGGAAAGAAAUCCUCCAGCUCGAAUCAAAGCAGCCUAUCAAGCUUUAGAAUUAAACAAUGACUGUGCCACCGCCUAUGUUCUACUGGCUGAGGAAGAAGCAACGACUAUCGUAGAUGCUGAAAGGUUGUUCAAACAGGCACUCAAGGCAGGAGAAACAAUCUACAGGCGGUCACAGCAGUGCCAACACCAGAGUCCCCAGCAUGAAGCUCAACUGAGGAGAGAUACCAAUGUGCUGGUAUAUAUUAAAAGAAGAUUGGCAAUGUGUGCAAGAAAAUUAGGAAGAAUAAGAGAAGCAGUGAAAAUAAUGAGAGAUUUGAUGAAAGAAUUUCCUCCUCUUACUAUGCUGAACAUCCAUGAGAAUCUUUUAGAGUCACUUCUGGAAUUACAGGCCUAUGCAGAUGUUCAGGCAGUCCUAGCAAAAUACGAUGAUAUAAGCCUCCCCAAGUCAGCAGCAAUCUGUUAUACAGCAGCACUGUUGAAAACGAGGACUGUGUCCGAUAAAUUUUCUCCAGAAACAGCCUCCAGGAGAGGGUUAAGCACAGCAGAAAUUAAUGCUGUAGAAGCAAUUCACAGAGCUGUGGAAUUUAAUCCUCAUGUUCCAAAAUAUUUACUAGAGAUGAAAAGUUUAAUUUUACCUCCAGAACACAUUCUGAAACGAGGCGAUAGUGAAGCGAUUGCCUACGCGUUCUUUCAUCUCCAGCACUGGAAACGAAUAGAAGGUGCCCUCAGUCUGCUGCAGUGUACGUGGGAAGGCACUUUUAGAAUGAUUCCAUACCCAUUAGAGAAAGGACAUCUAUUUUACCCUUAUCCCAGCUGCACAGAGACUGCUGAUAGAGAGCUAUUGCCUACCUUUCAUCAUGUUUCUGUUUAUCCAAAGAAGGAGCUUCCUUUUUUCAUUCAUUUUACAGCAGGACUCUGCUCUUCUACAGCAAUGAUAGCCUUUCUCACACACCAGUUUCCUGAAAUCAUGGGUGUUUUUGCUAAAGCUGUAAGUAUGAUCUCAAAGACUUGUGUAGAAUAUUUAUAAAACACCACAAGAAACGUUCUCAGAUCUGUUUGCUCUAACCCCAGCCAAGCAGUGAAAGAUAUUUGUUAUAGUAAAUGACAGAAAUUGAUUUGUAAAGCUAUUAACUUAAAUAUGUCAGAAUGACUUCUUGGUGAUUAAAUUAUACUUCUGUUGCUUAAAAGUUUAAAGAAUACAAUACUAUAACAUAAAA